AUGUCUGUGGUUCAAGCAGUAACUUGUAUGCUUGAGACUUAUUUAGAGCAGACAGAUCCCGAACCGAGUGUAAACCUAACUACAUACUUUCAUUCUAAAAAGCCUCCCAACAUAUCUAUUAGCUCGCUCAGUUUUAAUUGAAACAAAAAAUUCUGUUCUAAUUUAAGAGAUGUUGAAAUUUUUGAAAAAAAAAUUCUCUAUAAAAUGAAAAAAAUAUAUGAUUAAAUUUUAAUUUAUAUUAAUGAAAAUUAAUUCAUAAAAUUAAUUCAAUUCAGCCUGUCAACUGUUUUUUAAAUGGCACUUCUUCCAUAUAUAAAAUUAAAAUUUUGACCUAUAAAAUACGAUAAAAUUAAAAUUUUGCUUAAUUUAAAGGGGGCUAAUUUACUGAAAAAGUAAAAAUUCUGUUCCAAUUUAGAAAAGAAGUGUAAGAAUUAUCUUCGAAGGCUUGAGGAUUACAUGAAAUGCUCCGAAGAGUGCUACGUCCUUGCACUCAUCUAUAUCGAUCGAAUAACGUCUAACGAGCGAUUUUUCGUCAUCGAUUCCCUUUGCAUCCAUCGUCUAAUAUUGACAGGUGUGAUGAUAGCCGCAAAAUUUUCAGAGGACAUUUACUAUAAAAACUCUUACUAUGCAAAGGUAGGAGGGAUUUCAAACUCUGAGCUAAACCUUUUGGAACUCCAAUUUUUGCAGUUUAAAGUCUUUUUAUCGAAAAUUAAUCAAAAAAAAAUAAAAUUAUUAAAAAUAAAAAAUAUAAACAAAAUAAUGGAAAAAAAUUCAUAUUUGGACUUUAAUUGCAAAAAAACUCCUAGGGCCAAUUUUUGCUCUUGCUUGAUUUCAAUUUGUUUGUUGCAGAAGAGGACUAUCAAAAAUACCAGAAAACGCUUCUUGAGCAUUUCGGUCAAGUAUCCGAAAAGGAUAUAAUUGAGGGAUUGACCAAGAAGUGUGAGUAA